UUGCACAUACAGCGCGGCCAUAGAAAUAUUUUGAAAUCGUACAUACUUUACAAAAACCCCUUGUAAAAGAAAAUGGAGGAGAUUCGUGUGCCUGUACACGACAACUCGCCAUCGAUAGAGUACACCUUGCGUCCAAUAUCUUACACGUCUUGGUUUAUGGGCGUGGGCAUUGCACAUCCGCUAAAGUGUCCAAAGUUUGUGACGAUAGUCAUACGUAUCAUUCACUUGGUCAUUUGUACAGUGAUUCUAACAAUGUUCAUCCGUAACAACAUUUCUCAUUUAUCCAUAGAUUCAGUAGUAGAAUUCUUCUACAUCAUAGAUAGGAUGAUAUUUUUCGUUGCGGCAUAUUAUUACAUUUAUCACGGAAUCAGACAGUAUAACACGUGGCCAAAGCUGAUGGACAAAAUAAAGGAGCUUGAUCAAAAGAUUAGAAAAGAAACACACAUGAAUGAUGAACCAGUAAAAGUCAUGGAAGCAGUAGCGAUUCUUAUGACUUUUGUGUGUUGCCCUUUGAUCCCGAUUGUACGCUACCUAUAUGACUUUUUGACUUCAAAUUACAUUGCAAUUGACAGUCUUUUUUCUGAUUACAUGAUGGCACAGUCGAUGAUCAACAGCUUCUUCUUCGGUGUUGUCGUUUAUGUUCUGUAUUACAGAUAUAAAAUGAUAAAUAAGAUGCUCGGCCAUUUGGAACUAUCUGAUGCGCGAUUGAUCACGCUCAAGAUUAGACGCAUUAAAGAAUUGCAUAACGAUAUUUGUGACUUAGUUAUUGUGAUAAACGAUAUUCACGGUUUUUAUCUUCUUCUCUUCUCGGCAAACUGCUUCUCUAUUGUAACGACUGCACUAUUCUGUGGAUAUAUGGUUUUUAUGCUUAAUAGCUAUAAGGUGGCAUUGAUAUAUUGCAUAAUUUCGGUUAUAUACACUAUUCAAUUUGGUGUGAUUUGCUGGGCUUGCAAACUCGCGCGUCAAGAAUUCGAAAAAACCAAGACAAUUAUGUGUGCAAUUUCACUGAAAUGCCAAUCUAUGAAGUUUGAUAAACCGAACGAUACGAGGAAUCAAUUGAGUUUAGAGGUACGACCGUCAUUGGAAGACGCGAACAGCGAGCAAAAUUUUAAUUGGAGUCGCAAUUGGAAUUACGUUGCCAUGGAAAAUCUUUUGCGUAAAAUUAUGGCUCGAAACGAUGUCAAUACCGAAAUUAAUGACUUUUUUAUUCAACUACAACAUCAUCGAGUAUCAUUUACGGCCUGUGAUUUCUUUGAAAUGAACAAUAAUCUGUUCUGUGCUUUUAUCGGAGUAAUUUCCACAUACUUGAUAAUUUUUAUUCAAUUUACUAAUAAAUCCGAAUAAACGACAACUGAGUUUAACUUGAACUGGCAGAUUGUUAAUAUUAUACUUAUAUUAA